AUGCUGCAGACCGGAGCAGAAUUUGUGCUUUCACCAGUCGGUGUAACGAAAGUCGUGUCGCUUCUGUGUAUGAUCGUCGGUGGCAUGAUUUUCAUCACGGCCGGUGACUGUGUCGAAUCUAGGGUUUGGAACAUAACGUACAUCACCAUUACUACCGGCAGUGCGCUGCUAACAAUGGUGUCGUACUCGAGUUUCGCGCUUAAUCUCGUACGUACGGAUCGCGGACUUAAAACGCAGCACAUUUCCGUGCUGGUCGUAUCGUAUGCCGUAUUCUUGUUCCUUCUGAUCGUAUCGAUCAUUACAAUGACACAGUGUACACGGUCGGUGCAGUUGGUGCAAAAAAUACCCGAGCCACUGACUAUGAUAGCUGCCGUGUUACUAGCUGUAAGUGGAACAAUUUUAUUUCUUCGUUGGCGAGCAACAGUACAGACGGAAGAAUUGCAAUUACAUUCGCAUGAUCGAAGCAUCACUGAAAUGCGUACCAAUCCGAGAGAGGCACGUAAAUCGGUGAUGGUUUAA